CGGGCCGAGAGAGCCGCAAGGGAUGCAUGCAGGAGGUAUUAACUGCCAUCACUGACAGCACCCUAAUAUAUAUGUAAUUUUAAUUUGCCACCAGUGAUUCGAACCUUCGAAAAUGGAGAGUAAAUCAUUCUAUCGGAAUGUAUUUUUGUUGACCCAGAUGGUCGCUCCAGGGAAAGAGUUCAGAAAGUACUUUAAAGAGGGAAUGUUCGAUAAACCAAAUACAGUAGGUUUCAUCCACGUCUCCCACUAUUUAUUAUCAACAUACGACGAACAGCGUUUCAAAAAGGCAGUGGACUGGCCAAUUCUCGAUAAAAAGGAUGAGGGAAAGUAUAGAAACGAGGUAAAGGACUUCAUGAACACAAUAGCCACUGAAAAUCCAGAUAUUGAAUUUUCCCAAAUCCUUCCCUCGCAUUUACAUACCGCCAGUGGCACACGAUUCGUCAAUCUAAUGUGGAAACUAUCAACAAUUGUUUUGAGAGCAACCUUGAAAAAACAGAGGGCAGAGCCCUUGAACAUGGCGCCAAAAUCCGGAGACGAGGACAUCCUCACGAAAAAUUUACUCACAAACAUGAUAGCUGAUAAAAAGAAAGAGAUUCUAGAGCUUCAUAAUAGAAGCAUGAGCACAGAGACGAGAGCACAGGCUAGAGCAACAGAAAUGGUGAAAUCUAUCGAGACAGCCCAAUCUGAAUGGUUCGAGGUGAAACAGAGCCUGGAGAAUGUUGUGGCAGGGGCAACGAUUCAUCCUGACAUCAAGAAGAGGAUGGGUGAACCCAAUGAUAUGGAAAUUGUGCAAAUGUGGAAGGAGAAUUUGAAUAAAUGUCUGGGGUAUUUGAGGAGCCAGCAGGAUAUUCUGAAGGAUUUGAGACAAAAGAGUGAUAGAACUGCUGCUGUUGUUGACAGUGUAUUAAAUAGUGAUUCUAAUUGUUUAGAUGCUAACAAUCUACCCAGGAUUGAUACUCAAAAGCUUUUAGAAUUGGGAAAUUUAGAUCCGGAGACUCAGGUUGCAGUCCACCAUCUGUACGAAGACAACAAGCUGAAUAUCUUGAAUCUUCUCCUCAUCUUCAAAUGCCUAUUAAAGAAUCUUCGUGUAGAUAUACAGAAAAAUUCAUUCCCAGAUUUCACGGACUGCAAUCUCCAGAUUGAAGCGAGCACAGCUGAUUUGAAUCAAAUGUGCGAGUUGGUCUCUUCAUUCCAGUCGACAGUGUCUCUUCUAGCCUCUAAAAUUCAACUCAUGAGCAAUUCAGUCCCCAAAAACCACAAUCUGCCAUUCCAGUUUGAUUCCGAGGUAUUUGAGUCAGUAGUUCUCAAAUCAUCUCCAACAAUUCAGCUCAAUACUAACAACGAGUCUGAGAGAUAUGAUGCUGCGGAACGACUUGAACUGACACCGGUGGAAAAUGUUCACAAGUCUCUGUUCAUGCGUUACAAGCAUAACGUUACACCAACGAUUCCUAAACCCUUAGGGAUGAGACCAAAACUCCUUGUCUCCAGGAUUAAUUUUGACGACUCGCUGUCAUCGACAGUUAGUGAAAAAUUUUCACCAGCGAAGAGGCCUGCAAAACCUGUUGGAUCCACAGUGAAGGGAAAAUUCUCGAGGCUCUUCAAUGCAGUACCGAAGAGAGGUUUCUACAAUAAUACAAUCGCGUCGCCAGGACACUGGAAGACAAUUUCCAUUGACAACAGCAUGGCUGGAGACGUUUACAACAUGUCUGACUUGAAGCCUCACUUGGCGAACAAAAGUUCCUUCAACUUGAGCCGAGAUCUCUCGGCUCCCAUGAACUCCACACCUGAAACUAUUACUGGGCACAAGCAGAUGAUCUACGUUGACAGACCCGCCUUCAACUCCACUGAGAUUGUCAGUGAACUCACGACAAUAUCUGAGAAUAUGGAGAUCAGACUAACUGUCGGUGGGUGUUCUGACCCGCAAAGGACAGAGAAAAGGGAGGACAGUAAGAGAAGAAUUUCCAUUGGAGAUCUUGUAGAGAAGUAUAAGAAAAUUAGGGAACAGUCUGUCAAUGUUACAUAUUUGGAGAACAGUGGAGACAAUUCUGAUGAGAGUACGAAGUGAAAAUUCAGUGUUUUAUAGUAAAAAAUUAUUUUUUGUUUAAUAUUUUUUUAAUAAAUUUGUUUGCUAUAGGAA